AAGGAACCGCCGCGGGCGGUGAUUGGCUAAGACGCGCUGCUGGCUAAGUAGCGCCUGGAGGUUCAUUCAAGUCGGAUCCGAGGAUGGUCGCCGGGGUCUCUGGAGUGUUUUUCCGCCGGCUGGGAGCGUUAAGCGGAGGGGCUGCGGUGGGAGCGGCCGCCUAUGGAGCGCACGGUUUCCGAAGGAGCGACCGAGAUGAUUACUUAAAAGAGCUCUAUGAAACGGCCAACAAGUAUCACUUCUUGCACAGCCUGGCGCUGCUAGCCGUCCCCCAUUGCCGAUAUCCCAUGAUGGCUGGGAGCGUCCUGUCCUUAGGGAUGGGGAUGUUUUGCGGGGCCUUCUAUUACCACGCUUUGACCGGAGACCCGACCUUCACCAAAGCGGCUCCGUACGGGGGAGGUCUCCUCAUCCUCGGCUGGCUCGCCAUGGCCCCCUGACCCUGCCCACCCGCUCUACAAAUCCCAAUUGAGCCCUUCCCCUCCUAGCUACACCCCAAGUUUAUGUGGCUGUUCAAGGUGGCGUGAAAAUUGCACUGUUCAUAGUGUGUAGUUUGGAGACUGUCAUUUAGGACUAUCUGCCGCAAGACUACAUAUCCCAAUUCCACAGGCUGGAUCUGUCAUUGUUCAAUGCAAAAUUAUAAUGGUGGCAUUACAGCGUAAGUCCACGUGAACUUUCCAAGGGAGAAUUCUGCAGCAUCCUGGGAUUUGUAGUUUAGGGAAGGGCAUUUAGAACUCUGCCACAAAACUAUGGUUCUUCAACCCAAACUACAUAUCCCAUGAUUGUAUUGGAUGCAGCUACACAUGGGUUGUGCAAGAGGCAUAUUUUUAGACAUGUAUAAAAGGUAUACCUUUGCAAACUAUAACUUUGUAAUCAUUUAGAAAAAACAAAUCAAUGACUUCAAUCAAGAUGAAAAUUUAUUUAAUAAAUGAACUGGAUGUCUUUAA